AGAGCUGUGAUCACUACUUCCCACCCCUAAGUUUUACUCCAAAACGGAAAACUUUCAUUUCUUCUUCUUCUUCAGAUCUCUCUCUUUCUCUCUGCACAAGUCAGAAAAGCAAUGAGCUCAAUGAUGGAGACUCUCCAGAUUCGCAAACCCGCUUCUCUCCCCGUCUCCCAACGCCUCAGCCCCUCCACUAAAGAUGAGCAUGGUGUUAUCCGCCGUCGUCUCUCUUCCCUCUCACUCAACCUCCUAAACCAACCAUCAGAGAUCGCAUCUCGAUUCCCCAAGUCCAAGUCCGUCUCAGACAUGGGAAAGCAAGUGGGAAGCUCUGUGAAAGAGUGGUGGGAAUGGGGCUGGUCAUGGAUCCUCUCGAGAAAACCUAUCUUCAUAAGAGAUCUCGAGCUUAACAGAGAGGAAGCCAAAACAAUAGGUUCUCAGAACAGAGGAAGCAUAAUGCACGUCUUCAUCAAGCUCCGUUCUCAGAUCCGCAGUCUCGUGGGCUCUUCUUCCGACACUCUUCCCAAAUACAAGCGUCAACAAUGAUGAUAUAUGAUUGUCGCUUUGAUAAUCAAACUCGAACGGUCGAGAGAUAUGUUUCCUUUUUCGUGCAUGAAUCAGUUGGGAGUAUAAUCAUCAAAUCUUAUACAAGCGACGAUGUGUUUUUUGAAAAAAGAAAGUUUGAUGUUGUAUUUUGUUGCUAUGAUUAAUCUGCCUAGAUUUUUAAUUAUUAUUAUUAAUUUGAUUUGCUUUAUAUAUAUGUUGUGCAGUUGUAUUUUUUUUGUAUUUAAUAACCAUGCAACUAUAUAGAAGUCUGUUAUUUUGUUUCA